GGCCAAAGCGCCAUAUUGUCUGCCAGGCGGAGAAGAAGAAGCCGGGGAGAGUGGAGCGAAGGAAAUUAAGAUCCAACCAUCUAAACUUUAAGGUUAAUGAUGUGGGAUCAAGGUGGUCAGCCGUGGCCGCACUGGCCUUUGAGCCAGCAGCAGUGGUUGCAGACCUUCCAGCACCAGCAGGACCCAGGUCAAGUGGAUUGGGCAGCUCUGGCACAAGCUUGGAUAGCUCAGAAGGAAUCCAGUGGACCAAAUGUGGUGGAUCAGCAAGGAAUUCAGCCCAAUGGCCAGGAAAUCCAGGGAUUAGACACAGGUCCAAAUAAUCAUGGCAACUUCCAGGGGGAUCCGAGUUUCAACAGAAUGUGGCAGCCAGAAUGGGGGAUGCACCAUCAGCCUCCUCACCCACCCCCAGAGCAACAGUGGAUGCCUCCAGCACCAGGGCCGAUGGAUGUUGUUCCUCCUUCCGAAGACAGCAACAGCCAGGACAGUGUUGAUUUCCUUCCAGACUCCCGACAUGGCAUAUUUAACCAAAACAACCACAACUUUGGAGGGCAACCAGAGAGCUUUACUAUGGCGCCAAUGCCAGUCAACCAGUUUGACUACCAGCAUGGUGCUGCUGCAUUUGGCCCCCCGUCUGGCGGGUUCCAUCCUCCUUACUGGCAGCAGAGCCCUCCACAGAACCGCAGAGACAGACCCCCUGCGUUUAGGGAGCGGCAGCGCUCUCCCAUCCAGAUGCCAGUUAAACAGGAGCCCCCUGCACUUGAUGCUGUAAAGCGCAGGACACUGCCUGUUUGGAUCCGUGAGGGACUGGAAAAGAUGGAAAGAGAAAAACAGAAGAAACUAGAAAAAGAAAGAAUGGAGAAACAGCGUGCCGAAAUGGCAAAAGAUGAAAAGAAGGAUAGAGAGGAGCCGGAAGAGGAGGGUGAUGGACCUCGUUUGCCACGUAAAAGUAAAUUUGACAGUGAUGAUGAAGAUGAAGAGGAGGAGGAAGAUGCAAGACCUGAAGCAAAAAAAUUAGAACCAGAAAGUAGGAGUCCAUCUCCAGUACAUGAGGAGCAGAGUGAACCAGAAAUGACUGAGGAAGAAAAGGAAUUUCUGCUGAUGAUUAUGACCAAAACUGUGCUGACAGAAGUGCUUUUAGAGGUCACCAAUGAAGAAAUCUAUUAUGUUGCAAAAGAAGUUCACCACAAGGCAACAAAAGCUCCUGCAAAGCAGCUAGCACAGUCCAGUGCACUGGCUUCUCUUACUGGACUCGGUGGACUGGGUGAGUACGGGUCAGAUGACAGCGAAGAUGAGAGAAGUGAGAGAGGCUCUGAAACUUCAGAUACAGACGAUGAGGAGCUGCGGCACAGGAUCAGGCAAAAGCAGGAUGCCUUUCGGAGGAAAGAGCAACAGCUUCAGGAGAGGCAACAAGUGGAAGAAGAAAAACUGACUGAAAGAGUGAACAAAGAGAUACAUGAAUAUGACAAAGAACAGAUUUUCAGCUCAGUUAAACAGGAAAUAGUAAAAGAGAGCCAGCCAAUAACUGAGAAAAGAAGGUCUCGCAGUGAAACUGAUAUCAUUGAGCCCAAAAAGCCUGUGAAGGAGAAGGAGAGGAUAGGCAGGAGUAGAAGCCAGAGCUUUUCAGGUAGUAAUAGCAGGAGUAGCAGCAGUGAGAGCAGUAGUAGCAGCAGCAGUAGCAGGUGGAGCUCCUCCUCUGGCUCCAGUUCAGUUAGCAGCCGCAGCUCCUCGCAUUCCUUCACGCCCAAGAAAAAGAAAAAGCGCAGCCGGAGCCGGUCCCCCUCACACAGGGUCAGGCAGCGCAGCAGAAGCAGGAGUUCCCACAGGCACAGGAGGGACCCGAGUAAGGGGAGGGAUAGGAGGGCAAGUAGGAACAGGAGCCCAGACAGGAACAGUAGGAGGAGGAAUCGCAGCCGGUCUAGGGAGCGCAGGAGCAGCAGGGAGAAGAGAAAGAGCAGGAGCAGGUCAAAGAUCAGGGUCAGCCGUAGCAGAAGCAGGGACCGGCGCAGGAGUGAUGACAGGAGGAGGAGUCUGAGCAGGGGUAAGCGCAAGCAGGCAGGCAGCAAGGACAGGGACAGGAGGAAGGACAGGAGCCGUAGCAAUGAUAAGGACAAAAAGAAAAAGGACAAAGAACAGGACAAGAAGAAAGAGAAGCAAAAGACAAAGGAAAAGCAAGAGGAAAAAGACCACAAAUCCACAGGCCAGGAAGAGAGCAGUACUAGUAGAUCGAAGAGGAAGAGCGAACAUGGUAACUCGCAUAGCGAGUUGUCUAGCCGUCUGUCACGACAAGAUAGCAAGUCCAGCAAGAAAGGCUUGGUUAAGAAUAGCAGGAAGUAUUCAGAUUCAAAUUCUAGUGGUAGAAGCAGCUCGCGUUCUCCAGAAGUUAGCAAGGAAAAGAAGUCUAAGAAAUCUAAACGUAGUCGUUCACGAUCAACGGACAAAUCUCACAAGUCUGGUAAGAAGGCAAGCCGCAAACACAAGUCUAAGUCGCGAUCAAGGUCAGUCACACCAGUACGUCGCAAGCGUUGAGGAAUGAUAUGGCACCUGAACCUUGCACUUAUUUUGAAAUUCCAUGAGUUUUAAAGGCUUGUCUCAUUAUAGAGGCAACUGUGUAGGUGGAAAGCUUUUUUUUUUUCUUUUAUUGUAAAUAAGUGUUGUUUUUUUUCUAAGUGCUGUCUGCAAUACACGACUUUUUGAAUGAUUGUUUUUUCCUUAUGUUCAUAUUUUGAGGUUGGUAGAUUAAAGGUUUAAAGCAAGCAAUUUUUUUGAAGCUGUAACAUAAAAAAAAAAAAAAUCUUAAUGUACAUUGCUGUCAAUAAUAAAAAUUCAAAUGAG